ACAUUUAGUGUGUUUGGAAAUGCACAGUUGUUUGAAAAAGCAAUGGAGAAUUCUACUGUGAAUUUGACAGGAUUAAUUCGACGUCAACUGAAACAAAAAGAAAAGGUCACAAUUUGAUCUUUAAGAGUGACAAACUAGAACGAAAGUAUGUGACUAAUUGUUCUAGACUAUAAAACAGAAACAACCAGAGGAAAUACACUCAGUAAGGAAUAGGAAUUCCGUAUGUCACAGGAGGAAGUUUAGAAUGUCUGACGUCAAGAAGAAGAAGUCUGUUCCAGAACUACGGAAGUUUAGUAUAUUUACGGGCCUAGACGAAACAGUAAAGAAUAAGGAAGCAUACGCUUACGACAAUCCUGCCUUAUACAAUGGAGCAACAUGGAACGCAUCUGAAUUGAGUGAAUAUGAAAUUACAGAAGAGGUGACAAAUGGCUUUACCAGUGGAGAUGCACAAGGUUCCCGGAAAUAUUCUACAGCUCUUAAAGUUCUGAAGCCCUUCAGACCAUCAUCAAAAGAUGGUAAAAUACCAAUUAAUAAGGCUGGUUUAUUGUCAUACAUGUUUAUGACAUGGAUGACACCUCUAGUCAUGAAGAUGUUUAAACAUAGAGAUGAGGAUCUAAAAGAGGAAGACAUCUGGGAGUGUUCAGAUUAUGAGGCUUCCAAAAUUAAUACUGACAGACUAGAAGCAUUGUGGAAAGAUGAAGUGAAAUCAAAAGGAGAGAAGAAAGCUUCGGUUCUACGUUGUUGGUUAAAAUUCUGUCAGACUCGAAUUUUAGUCAGCUUGAUCAUUGUAGCAGUCAAUGCUCUGUCAACUUUUCUAGUAUCGCUCAUGUUUAUGCAUUGUGAAUUCCCAGGCAUUUAUACUGCAAUGCAACAAAUCUGUAUUCAUAUAUUUCUAAUAUGCUAA